UUCAGACACCAGUAACAAUCAAGAAACUGGAAGGGAGAGAGAGAAAUGGUGGUGGUUGGAUAUCACAAGCAGCUCCGGCAGAUUCCUCUCUUGAUCCUUGCGUUCUUCUUCUCUUCCUUUUUGGCCUCCUGUAGCAGCCUGAAAGCUAAUGUAAAGAGUGAUUUCACUAUCUUGUUAGCCUUCAAAUCUUCUUCUGAUUCUUCAAAUUCUCUAGCUUCCUGGACCAACAUUUCUUCCCACCACCCUUGUUCUGCAUGGCUUGGGGUUACGUGCAACCCCAAGACUCAGCGGGUCACUAAACUCGUUCUCAACUACCUCAACCUCACUGGGUCAAUCCAGGAUUUAGCUGAGCUCACUCAGCUCCGCCACCUCAGCCUCCACCACAACCGCCUCUCCGUCACGCCCAAUUUCACCGCUUGGCCCAGCCUUAGGCACCUUUACCUCUCUCACAACCACUUCACCGGAAAAUUCCCAGCCGGGAUUUCCCAUCUGAAGGGCCUCCGGCGCCUCGACUUGUCCUUCAAUUAUUUCUCAGGCCGAAUUCCGGUGACCGAGUUGACUCAGUUGACUCACUUGCUCACUCUCCGGCUAGAGUCUAACUGGUUUAACGGAACUUUGGGUCCCGAUAAUUCGUCUCUUGAAUCGCUUUUGAACUUCAACGUCUCCGGAAAUGGCCUCACCGGAGAAAUCCCAUCGUGGCUGUCCAAGUUUCCUGCGUCGUCGUUCGCCGGAAAUGUUCGUCUCUGCGGAAGGCCAUUGCCGUCUGAUUGUUCAUUUAAGCCAGCUGUGGUUAAUCCAAGAGCUGGGAAGGAUGGUCCCCUGCCAAUUGGAGUUACCGAUGUUAAAAAGGAGAGGAGCUCCAAAAAUGGGAUGGUGCUAAUGAUCAUUAUGAUCGAUGUAGUCGCAGUUAUGCUGAUUACUUUGGCCGUUGCAUGUUGUUGUUACAGGAGAAAAUACAGUCAAGCUCGAGAAAGACGGAAAAAUGCAAAAGGUACAACUGGUAUAGCGUACGGUACUACAGCGAGGGACGGUGCCAGUGGGGAAAUGGUUUGUUUUGAGGGCUGCAAGGGUUUUGCUAAGGUUGAAGACUUGUUGACGGCGUCGGCAGAGAUGUUAGGGAAGGGGAGUGUGGGGACCACUUACAGGGUUGUGAUGGACGGUGGUGAUGUGGUGGUGGUGAAGCGGGUGAGGGAGAAGGUAAAGAAAAUGAAGGAUGUUGAUGGGUUUUUGAGGGAGAUUGGUGGGUUGAGACACCCUAAUAUCGUCAGUCUCAGAGCAUAUUAUUCUUCCAAGGAGGAGUUGCUUCUGGUCUAUGAUUUUCUCCAAGCUGGAAGCCUCCACAAUCUAUUGCAUGGAAACCGUGGUCCAGGAAGGACACCUUUAGAUUGGCCUACGAGAUUAAAGUUUGCGUUAGGAUCUGCAGGAGGCCUUGCUUUCCUGCACUGUUACACUAAAGCCAAGCUCUUUCACGGACAUCUUACAUCGGCCAACAUACUCAUAGACUAUCAAGGCAAUGCCUGCAUCUCUGAUAUUGGCGUCCACCAACUCUUGCAAGUGCCGUCUUCAUCAACUAAUAAUAGUAAUAAUGCCUACAAGGCACCAGAAAUGCUGCUUGGCAACGCUGCUGCUAAUUACAAUCAAACUAGAAAGUACUCCCAAAAGUGCGAUGUUUACAGCUUUGGCGUGGUCUUGUUGGAGAUCUUGACAGGAAAAAUGGCAACCAGCGAAGGGGAAACGAGUUUAGCCAAGUGGGUUCAGCGGGUAUCGCGUGAGGAGUGGACGUGGGAUGUGUUUGAUUUUGAGCUGGUGAGGUUCAAAGAGAUGGAAGAAGAGAUGACGGCUCUAUUGCAAGUAGCAAUUCUUUGCUUGGCUUCAUCUGCUAAAGAUCGUCCUAAAAUGACUGCAGUGCACAAGAUGAUUGAAGAUAUUAUUAGAGACCAAAAGGGGUGAAUAGCAGCUAGGACUUCCAUGAAUGAAUGAAUUAUCAGGAUUCUUAUUCUUGACCAUUUUUCUUUGUAAAAAAAAAAAAAAAACAGUCCAAAUUUCACUAGCAGCCGAGCAUGUUGAUCACUUGGAUAUAUGAUUUGGUUAUUAUAGUCUGCAUUCAUUCGAUUUGAUAUGUUGCAGAAGUGAAAUAGACUCGUCUUUAAUUCA